GCCUUCCUGGAGAUGCUGAACAUGGAGAUGGCGUAAGAAGCAACAGCCAAGCGUGCAGCAGUGCCUUGAGGAAGCCGGCCAUCUCCCUGGCCGACAGCACCACCCUCAGGGUGUUGCUGAGCGUCAUGUACCUGAUGGUGGAAACCAUCCGGACGGAGAAGGAGAUUGACCCGCCGGACUGGAAAACCUCUCGGGACACCUUCCGGGCGGAGCUCAGUUUCCCUGUCCACAGCGAAGAACCUUUUGCCCUCUUGCUCUUCACGAUGGUGACCAAGUUCUGUAGUGGACACGCUCCACACUUCCCCAUGAAGAAAGUCCUGCUCUUGCUCUGGAAGGUUCUCGUGUUCACUCUGGGUGGCUUUGAAGACCUCCAGGCCAUGAAGGUGCGGAAGAGGGAGGAGUUGGGGCUCCCACCUCUGCCCGAGGACAGCAUCCAGGUUAUGCGCAGCAUGCGGGCCGCUUCCCCCCCGACCUACACCAUCGAGCUGGUGGAGCAGCAGCAGCCGCCGAAACGGGGGCACCGGAGCCGGAGGCCUCUAAUGAAGCAAGACAGCCUGGACAUCUACAACGAGCGAGACCCCUUCAAGAACGACGAGGGGGUGGCGGACGAGGAAGAGGCCGACGAGAUCGACAACGGGAUCGAAGGGGAGCUGGACCUGCUCGAGAGGGACACCGUGGUGCAGCCCGUCUCGGUGCCACGCCCGCCAGUUGAGAGGGUCUCUUUCCCCAAGGGGCUGCCCUGGGCCCCCAAAGUUAGGCAGAAAGAUAUCGAACACUUCCUGGAGACGAGCAGGAACAAAUUCAUUGGCUUCACGCUUGGGCAGGACACGGAUACUUUAGUCGGCCUGCCCCGCCCCAUCCACGAAAGUGUGAAGACUCUGAAACAGCACAAGUACGUCUCCAUCUCAGAUGUGCAGAUCAAGAAUGAAGAAGAGCUGGAGAAGUGCCCUUUGUCUUUGGGCGAAGAGGACGUGCAGGAGACCCCAUGCGAAAUACUGUACCGGGUGAUAUUGUACAAUUUGCCGCAGUACAUGAUAGCCUUACUGAAGAUCCUUCUAGCCGCUGCCCCGACCUCCAAAGCCAAGACGGACUCUAUCAACAUCCUAGCAGACGUCUUGCCGGAGGAAAUGCCCAUCACGGUCCUCCAGAGCAUGAAACUGGGCAUCGACGUGAACAGGCACAAGGAGAUCAUUGUGAAAAGCAUCUCCGCUUUGCUCCUCCUCCUCCUGAAGCAUUUCAAGCUGAACCACGUUUAUCAGUUUGAAUACGUCUCACAACAUUUGGUGUUCGCCAACUGCAUCCCACUGAUCUUGAAGUUUUUCAACCAGAAUAUCAUGUCCUACAUAACUGCCAAAAACAGCAUCUCGGCCCUGGAUUGCCCGUCCUGCACAGUCCACGAGGUACCGGAGCUCAAUGCUGAAAGUUUGGAAACGGGAGAAAACAACCAGUUCUGCUGGCGGAACCUCUUCUCCUGCAUCAAUCUACUGAGGAUCCUCAACAAACUGACCAAGUGGAAACAUUCCCGGACGAUGAUGCUGGUGGUUUUCAAAUCUGCCCCGAUCCUGAAACGAGCUUUGAAGGUGAAGCAAGCCAUGAUGCAGCUCUACGUGCUGAAGCUGCUGAAGAUCCAGACCAAGUAUCUGGGGCGCCAGUGGCGGAAGAGCAACAUGAAGACCAUGUCGGCCAUCUACCAGAAGGUGCGCCACCGCAUGAAUGACGACUGGGCUUACGGCAACGAUAUUGAUGCUCGGCCAUGGGACUUCCAAGCGGAAGAAUGCACUUUACGAGCCAACAUCGAAGCGUUUAACAGCCGCCGCUAUGAUAAACCCCAAGCCUCUGAGUUUGCCCCCGUGGACAACUGCUUGCAGAGCGUAUUGGGGCAGCAUCUGGAACUUCCGGAGGAUUUUCAUUACUCCUAUGAAAUCUGGCUCGAGAGAGAAGUUUUCUCGCAGCCCAUCCGCUGGGAAGAAUUGCUUCGCUGUCAAUGACGGGGCUGGGGAGCAGAACUGGAACCAAAGGCCAGAUCGCAGGUGCUUUGCCCCUGGGAGGAAGGGGAAAUCCUUCUGGCUCUUAUGCCUGGCAGGGGACACAGUAUUGAGUUGCCUUCUCAGACCCCCUCAGUUAAUUGCCCUCGACUUCGCUAGUGUCUUCCCUUUCCCCCUGCCCCCAGUGAAUAUAGGCUUGCAAGUGGCAACUAAGAUCCUGCUUUGGAUCUGUUUACAAAGAUGUGAUAUAAUAUAUAUUGGGCAUGCAUGUUUUGAGUUGGAGGGCCCCUGCUGGAGUUGGAAGAGAGCAUGUCUAACUCGGAGCCUUCAAAAAUGGGGAGGGACCCAGAUGCGUGGCCUCUUCCCCACACACCCGUUCUUCGUCCCCCUCAAGCUGGUCAGUGGUUUUUCGGUAGCGGUUGGUGAUACUCCCAACAAAUUAUUAAGUAAGCAGCUGGAUGAAAAGCUCCUCGUGGGCUCGCAGUCUGUAACGUGCUUGUUUCUGUCACAUAUAUUUAUGGUCUGAUAGUGGAAGUUCCUUCCUUGUCUACCUUGGUGGUUACCGACGCCGUGUUUCCUACAAUCCGGUCAGUUCCUGUGUCUAAAUACCUGAACGGAUGUGUGUGUCUGAAACGCUAACGCACACAGUUUGUUUCACAGAAUCUGAACGCUACAAAUUCCAUUAUUUUUGAUGAAAGCGAGCUGUGUGUCUUGGCAUUUAAAAGUGGCAAUUCCAGGAGUAUCCAGACCUAGAAACUGCCUUGCAGAUAUAACAUGGGGUCUGAGUAUACCCCCAAAGUGAAAAGUUCUCUGUAUAAGUUUGUCUUAAAUACAUCCACUGGGAUAUGUUACAAGCAGGCUGACCAGACGUCCCGCUUUUGGCGGGACAGUCCCGCCUUCUAACAAUUUGUCCCGCGUCCCGUGGAUUAUUUCAAUUG